AUGCGUGUCGAAGACUUCAUCAGUGAGUACGGUAACUGGAGGGCUAAGUUGAGGGGGAUCAGCAAGAUUCGGUGUCAACUUGCGGAACAGCUGCGAUGUCUGGAAGCAAGGACUGAAACUCAGACUGCAAUUCUCUCUGAAUUGGGUGACUAUUACCGACGAAGAGCAGAAAUAGAUAGCGAGUAUGGCAGGCAACUGGAAAAACUUGCAAAAAGUACGAUGCAAAGGCAUAAAAAUGAGAAAAGCAAAAGAGAAUCAUGGCCUUUGCAUUCAAGCUGUGCACUUUGGCAACAACUUGUGGAUUCCACUAAGGAAGAGGCUCGUGAAAAGAGAGCUCUUGCUGAACUCUAUUCUUCACACUUUACUACACUUAUAGCUCGAAGAUCGGAUGAUCUGCUAAGGAUUUCGCGAAAGUGCAGAGAAAUUGGUAUUCUUGCACACGGCGAGAUAACCAGAGUACUGAACGAAUUACACACUGCUAUGAAGACAUAUCAGUUGUGUUUUGCCCAGUGUUCUGCAGUUGAGUCGAAAUAUCGUCAAGCGGAAGCUAACAAAUCGAAGUAUGAGGAGGAGAACCCCUCUAAGCGUGGAUCAGCCAGAAGGCAUCGUGUUUUAGUCAAAUUAGUGGAGAAGAGACUUGAGAAAUACAAAAUUGUUAAAGUUAAAUGCCUGAAAGCUCGUAACGAAUAUUUAUUAUGUGUUGGAGCUGCGAAUGCUGCUUUACACAAAUAUUUUGCUGAUGAUCUUUCAGAUCUCAUUGACUGUGCUGACCUUGGAAUGCAACAAUGGGAGAGGGCGUUAAUAUCGUGCGCGAUUUCUGCUCGCAAAUCCAUUUGCCAGCGUGAAAUGGAUUCACUUGCAGAACUUUGUGAUUUCAAAGACUCUUUAGACACAAAGGCUGAUAAACAAAGGUUUUUUGAAGCUAAUUAUACCACCUUUAUGCUACCGAGAAGAUUUGAAUUCAGAGGACAAGUGGGUGAUGCUAUCAGUGUAGUUAGCGCGGAGGAAGGUGUAGCUGAAGAAUUACAACAGCGUCACGUUCAAAUUGACAGGAGACUGGGUAAUGUAAGGCAAGAGUCAGAGGAGAUCUGGAAAACGUUGGAAUCAACUGAGCGAGCUGUUGUAGAGAAACAUUUAGAUAGCAUCCCUAAUAUCAAGUCAAUUACGGCGCUUAUAGGAACGCUGAAAUCUAAUGCAUCAGACAAUACCAGUGAUACUUUGAAAGGCAAACACGAUUUGAAUGAGCUGUACGAUUACUAUUUAGCUAAAUUUAGUCACUACUUAUUGAAUAGUAAUCUGAUUGAACGUUUGGAGGCUCGUUCAAACGGCAUUCUUAAUGCCCUGAAUGAAUUUUCAACAAAAAAUUCUUCCGAGGGAGGAGCGGAUGUUGGUUCAAAUGCAGACACUCCAACUCCAUCUAGCAUGGACAGUGAAAACAUUAAUUUACGUGUACGUAAAAAGAAACGAAUUGGUAGUGGAACUGCCUCAUGUGAGGUUGUUCGUCGACCACGCUUGUUUGGAGGCAGUCUUGAUGAAUACGUUGAGGCUACUUCAGAAGCAAUUCCUUUAUUGAUAACGUCUUCAAUAAGAGUCCUCUCACAAUUUGCUUUACAUCACCAGGGUAUAUUUCGUAUUUCCGGAUCGCAGAUUGAAAUUAAUGCGUUCAAGGAAGCAUUUGAAAAAGGGGAGGAUCCUCUACGUGAUGUUGUUGAUGCUAGCGAUGUUAAUUCUGUUGCCGGUGUCUUGAAGCUUUAUCUUCGAGAACUUCGCGAACCACUCUUUCCCAUAUUCUUGUUUGAUCAACUCACAAAGUGUGCGGAAUGUCCGACAGCUGAGGGUUUUAUUCAGCAGAUAGUUCCUCUCCUACAGAAACUAUCGCAGCCUACCUUGUUGGUUCUUCGAUAUCUUUUUGCGUUUUUAAAUCACCUAAGCGAAUUUAGUGAUGAAAAUAUGAUGGAUCCAUAUAAUUUAGCAAUUUGUUUCGGUCCUACUUUAUUACCGAUCCCUGAAGGAAAAGACCAGGUUUUCUACCACAACUUCGUUAAUGAACUGGUAAAAAAUUUGAUUUUAUAUCACGAUCAAGUUUUUCCACAAAAUCUGCCGGGUCCUCGUUAUGAAAAGUAUUUGGUCGAGACGGAUCACGCCUUGUUUAUUGAUGAACCGGACGAGGCUUUGAGCGGUGAUGAAGAAGGACCCUCAGCCACUUUGUCGAAAAGCGUUAUUGAGGAGCCGUCAUCACCUGUUAAUGAUAUCUCGCAAACGUCUGGGUCAUGCAGUAGCCGUGCAUGUAGUGAAAUGAAGUGUGUUUCUUCAAGUGGUGAUGCGUCACCGCCAGAAACUCCUUGUAGCGACGACACACCGAUGGCGUCCACAUCUUAUUUGUACUCUUCUAUAAUCCAUUACAAACCUGAUCUCAAGGACACGCAACCUGCAACUGAUCUUUCGCCAACGCAACCACAGCCUGUUUCUCAAAGGGCUUCAUCGCUCUGCUCAACAUCGAGUUCAACGCGAUCUGCACGUUCUACUGGCUAUUUUGAGUCUGCGUACUUGUUUCGACGGUAUGGCUCUGAAGACUGUAAUUCUCCAGAUAGUGCGGAACGGACUUAUUCAGUAGCUAAUUCAAAUUCAGCUCAAAUUUGGUCUCGUCGUGCUGCCGGAGCUAGCUCGUUGCGGGAACAACUGCAUCAUACAAGGAAUAAGGCAUUGCGCGAUUCAGCUGAGGAGAAACGGUAAAAUUGUAAUGCGUGUCUGGUCUCAUCUUUGGCAACGAAAAGGGCGGAAGCAGAGGUAACAGCUAAAGUCGUGAAAGAAGGUGAGGCAGAAACGACAAAUAAUUCACUAAAUUGUGUGACUCAAGGAAUUCCUCGUAAAGAGAAUUACUCUUUGUGUGACCGUCUAGCAAUGCAGAGCUCACUGAGCCCAGAAGUUCAAAACGAACUUAAAUUGAGACUCGGUGGCCAUGAUCUUUCGGGAAGUGCGGGACAAUGCGUGGAACCAGAUCUAGUUCGAUCUCUGCCGCAUGAUGGAACUCAUUUAACUUCUGUUACCAAUACACAUUCUGGAUAA